AUGUUCAAGAAACUUACCUUGCUCGCUUCUGCUCUACUCCCACUCGCACAGGGGGCACCAUUUGAGCACGGAGCAUCUCAAGUAGAUAAAAGAUCUACCAAUCUCCAAUGCGUUCAGUACCAAUACGGAGGUCCAUUCACCUCUACUGGUUCCAACGGGUUCAUCCACUUAUAUUCCAAUAUCACGCAAUACGAUCCCGAUACGCAGAAUACCUCAUUUAACGAAUCCCGCCUGGGUAGUUCGGAGGACGGUACGAUCGAGCCUUGUGGAGAUUGUCGAACGACCGAAUUGUUCGGGUUUGAAGUUUGUCAGACUAGAGAUAGAAAGGCAUUCGAUGGGUUAGAAAAUUCGGCCAAUUUCUUCUAUGGUCAUUUGACCUACUACAACGUAGGCCUAUUCCAAUGUCUUACGGCGACCAGUACAGGGGACGAGAAUGGAUUCGAAGGGUCAGCCUUGACUUUGAAAGAUUGCGAAUACGAUUAUGAGAAUGCCGCUGCUUCUGGACAAUACUUCGAAAUGUCAAUCUCAGAUCAAGGAUAUUGGUACGCUCAUUUAGUCGAUGAGAAUACAGUAUACGGACCUACACCUGAGCUCAACAACAACGGGUCUCUCGUACUAUACGAUGUGAUCGGUGCCAAUAAGACUUUCACCUUCUUCGGAUUCAAGGCUCAACAGUUCUAG